AUGGCACCGGCGCCGGAACCGACCGCCGGCCGCAAGCGCAAGAAACCGCACGGGCCCUCCGAAAUCCUCGCGAAGAAAUCCGCGGAUCCCAAAUCGGCAUACGGGAAGAAGAAGAAAGAGAAGCAUAAGCAUAAGGAGAAGAAGCCGCGGCCAAAACCCGCCGAGCCGGACCAAAUCGCCGCUGCCGUCGGAGAUGGGGCCGCAGGGGGAGCGGUCCUACUGUCGGCAGUGAUGCAGCCGGCGCGGCAGCUCGAGUUUCUUCUUCGUAGCUUCGAGCGCGCCGCUAAGAUGCGACUGUCUCCUCUUGAACUCGAUUCCUACUCAGAGGGGUGCAUGGUGAAGCUCACGGAGGGAGCAGCCCAGGACGUCGAGAGCUUCGGUGACCAUGUAAAGGGGGCGUUCGGCUCUUCUUGGAAGGAAGAGCUCUGUGAGGGAAAUCACAUCGAUGGGGACAUCGCCCUGGGCAGCCCGACACUUCUGGUUAUCAGCUCGUCUGCUCUGCGAUCCUUAGACCUACUGAGGGGCUUAAAGAUGUUUACUAAUGAAUGCCGCCCAGUAAAGCUCUUUGCCAAACACUUGAAAGUGGAGCAGCAGGUGGCGAUGCUUCAAGCUCGAGUAAAUAUUGCCUGUGGUACACCGAGCAGGAUCAAGAAACUAAUUGACAUGGAAGCUUUGUCCUUGUCACGCUUGAAACUAGUGGUACUUAACAUGCAGAAAGAUGCCAAAUCCUUCACCUUGUUUACAUUACCACAAGUCAGCAAUGAGUUCUGGGACCUGUACAAAGGUUACCUAGAUCCAAAGAUCCGAGAAGGGAACAUGAGGAUAUGUUUUUAUGGUGCCGUGUCUGAGAGAGACAUCACCAAAGAACUUCCACCAGCUGAGUAA